UGCUCAGUGCUCAGUGUUCGGUGUUCGGUGUUCAGUUCUCAGCUUCAGUUCGCUGCGAUUCAGUUUCUGUUUCUGUUUCAGUUCGCUGUCAGUUUGUCAACGGGUCGCAUGCGUGUUCGGAAAAUCGUCGUCAACCUAAAUAUUCAUAUAUAUUUUUUGGGAAAUCGGAAGGCUACAAGAAAGUGUAGUGCCUGUGCAGUGAAAUAAAUAAAUACCACUUCACCCAAAGAAAUAUUAAAGGAAAAUAAAAUAAAAAGCCAUGAGGUCCUACGGUUCAACAGGCUGCCUUUUGCUGGGCUUAUUCUCUCUGCUGAUGUUGCUUAAUACUGCCUCUGCUGUGCUGCGUUGCUGGCGCUGCUCCACGGAUGUAUCUAAUGGCGAGUUCUGCAAUGAUCCCUUCCAACCGGACGGCAUUUCGGAGCAACAGCGCUACUGGAGCUACGUGAACUGCACCUACUCGGUGGGCGUGAAGUCAGUGAAUGCGCGGCCAGUCUGCAAGAAACUGGUGCAGGAAGUUUACGGCAAGCGGGUAAUUUCGCGCUCCUGCUUUUACGAGGACAUGGACGAUCCGGCGGACAAGUGUGCCAAUGACCAGACUUCGUCCUACAUCAAGACCGUCUACUGCCGCACCUGCACCACGGAUGGCUGCAAUGGAGCCGGAGGAGCCUCACCCUGGGCCGUCUUGCUAGUCCUGCCUCUUUUGCUGGCAGCAUUCCGGCAGACAUGCAAAUGAGCCACGGAUCCGGAACCGGCCCGGACUUAAUUACGGGACUGCAAGUUGAAGCUGGCCGGGUAUCUCGCUCGGUGCUCUUAGCCCCCCGGACUUAACUGGAUUUCUUCAACGAGUUUUUAGUCACUUUGCCCCCCACGAAUCAGCACAAAUCACACGCGAAGGAACGGAGCUCCAUGUCCCCUCGCCAUCAUCCAGGACCCAGCAGAAUGGUCUCCCUCACAAGAAAUAAAAAAGAAACAAGAAACAAUCAGUUAUUCGUAGUCACAACUCCACAUUCAUCAUUCAACUUCAACACUCGAUCAACACACACACACACUUAACUUUGUUGUAAUUUGUACAUCUUUGUAAUAUCUUUAUUAUGUAUUUGUAAUUGAAAUGGCAAGGCUUACGGCCGCAGCCUCUUACAUAAAUAAAUAAAUCGUAAUUAGAUGGUAAA